AUGACAUGGGACCGGGAAAACAGCUCGAGGGGCGGGGUGUCAGAGACCCAGACCUUCCCAGCCCGUUCCCGCCCGGCCUCGCCCGGCCUCGGCAAUGCACCAAAAUCCUGGCCCGAGCCCUCUGCCAAGGUGUCUGUCGAUCAAGAGCGGGGACGGGCUGGAGUGGGCGAGGCGGUCCGGGUGGGCGGUGUCGUCCCUCCAGGCUCCGCCCCCGAGCCGGCGCCGGGCUGGAAUAGGCGGGCGGCUGCAAGGGCGGGGCGGGAAGGCCGCGAGGAGCUGAGCUGGCGUUCGAGAAAGCCCUCUCGGGAGAAGCAGCGCCCGUUCCCCGGCGCAGAUCCAGGUUCAGGUGAGCGAGCCCCACCGGCCGGUCCCGCCCCGGGCGGGGGCGGUGGCGACGGGACGCGCGGCGUCUGGGGCGAGCGGCCCGACUUGUGGUUCUCGGCCUCGGCGCGGCCGGCGACCGGCGCGGGCGGGCGCGAACGCCGCGGGGCGGGCCCGGGGCAUCGCAUCCUUCCGGGAGGGGCCGGGGGAACCCCCUGCGCGACGCUCGGGGAGGGCGCCGCUGGAGGCGAGGCCUCGGGAGCAGGCGAAGGCUUCGGGGUCGGCGCUCCCCGGAAACCCUCCGCCCUUCCCCCUGCCCGGCGCAUUUCCCCGGCGGGGCACCGGGAGCCUCGACCUCCCCCUGCUGCCGGGGCACGCGCCCCGCCCUCGCCUCGCCAAGUGCCCAAGUUGGGCAAACUUUUUAACCCCUUCCGGGGAGCCGCUGUCCCUGGGACCCAACCGAGUGAGCGUGAGGUGGGGAGCUCGGGGCAGCGGCUCCUUUGGAAGUUUCCAGGCGUUUUCGCGUGGGUAACGGGCAGGCGGGGACCGUUUGGCAGCUGUCAGGGCGUCCGCCUGAGUCAGAAUCGGACGGUCCUGCUGCAGACAUUGCGCUCGGCUCAGUUUCCGCCCUCCGCUCGCGACUUCCUCAUUCGCCCGGCUGCGAUCGGCUGGGCGGAGGAGGGGGACGGGGCGAGGUGCAGUGGGUGCGUGGGGAACCGGGACCCGGAGAGUGCCGGGCGAGGCAGGAAGGAGGCACUCCCCCCACCCCCGACAGCCCCUCAGCCGUUGACUUCUGACUUCCGCUACCCGGGGGAGGAAGGCCCAGGAAUGCCCGCAGCCAUCUGCGCGGGCCGGAGCGCACCUGAUUCCACCGCACCUGGGGGCCGCCCCACGCCGGCGGGGGCAGGGAGCUGGGCCCUGCGCCUUCAGGACCAGGCCUGCGCCGUUGCAUCGUCCGGUUGGGCCAGAUCCGGGGUUGUUACCCUGCCUCCCCCGCUUCUCUGUGCCGGGGAGCCUCACUCCGUCCUGUCCUGGGGCCACGUCCGGGGCAGGACUGCACCCCCUUAUCCCUGCAGGGAGCCCAGUCGUUUAUAACAACGCAGUACCCUCCAGGACACGGUUGCCGGCUGCCUUGAGGCGGGGGCACGGUGAGGGCCCGGCUGCUGUCUGUAGCCCCACCCAGCCGGUGUGGGGAGUAGGGUUCCCGGGAAGUCCCAGGUCCUGGCAGGUCCUGGAGACCGGCGGCCUCUCUCCGCUGGGCAUUUGAGAGGCCCAACAACUCCUCGGUUCACUGCAUCCUUUUCUGGGUUUAAGAGGAUUUCAAAGUAACUGUUGAGUAACUGUUGAAGGGGAAGAGAGCCUUAGCUCUUUCCUGCAACAGUGUGGCCAUUUUUGACACCACUGAGACCUACCUGAUAACCUCACCUGGAGGUUUAGUCCCCUUUUGGUAAGGAAGGAGGCAGCUUUAAGCCCUGUUUAGACAAUCACUCGAUUAAAAUAGUCAAUUUAUAUACAAGGCUGCGAGGUGCAGGGGGAGGGUACAUAGAUGUGUAAUUGAGCAAAUAUUUAACUGCUCUGUGCCAGGGAUUCUGCCAGGUGGUGGUGGUGGGGGGGUGUGAGGUUGAGUAAGACCUGGCCCCAGCCCUCGGGCACUUGGGGAAUGCUGAGACAAAUCUGCAGAUGAUCUACUGUGAGGCCAAGAUGACAUGGUGCUCAGAAAGGUCCGGUGAGUCAUGGAGACUGGAGAAAAGCAGCCAGCCCACUCUGCCGAGAUCCCAGAGGCCUCUGCCCUCCAGGAGUUCCCAGUCGUCUCCCCCCGCCCCCCUUCCAGGGGGGGAAAUAGUGUCUGAAUGAUUGAAAUACAAAGGCAGCCUGUGAGGAGUAUCCCAAGCACCAGAGAUGAGAAAUUCCGAAAGGGGCCACUACUUCUGUCUGGAGCAAGGGGGGACCUGGAGGGAAGCUGCCUCAGAAGGAGGGGCACACUACAGGUCUGGGAAACUGAGGCUAGCCUUCAGUGUUGGAAAAUGAAGCCUCAUUUAGUGCAUAACUGAGCAAUCAAGAGAUUGUGUCGUGCAACUUGAGUCACUGUGCCCCCCACUUGGCUGCGGGGGACCCCGAAGAGCUCUACUUUUCACACUCAGCAGGCCCCAGCAGUGCCUGUGGGCAGAUCCAGGUGCCUGGAUUGGCAGGCUCUGUGCAGGGAAGGGCAGCUCCGCUCCAGAGGUGCAUUCCUUGGGGCUGCUUUGCCUGAAGGGCACAGGAGGAUAGAGGGAAGAGAGGAUCAGGGUCCCGGCUCUCUGGUUUUUAACAUUUUAAAAAAAUUUUUAAAUCUUUGAACCUAAGCGGUUGGAGAUGGGACAACUUCCCUCUUGCAGGAUGAAGGACGCAUGUUAAUCACAGGCUGCCUUUUGCCUAUUCUUGCUCCAGAAAAAACAAAACGAGGAUCUGUUAGCUUUUGAGAAGGAGAAAAGCACACUCAGAAAAUGCGGCAUUGUUGUGUAGCCUGCUAGGGUAUUGCUAGAAACCAGGCUCGCUGUGCUUUCUUCACUUCCUCUUCUCUAAUCCUUCAAUAAAGUACUUAAGACAGCCCUUACCAGCUUGACAUCUUUAUUUCAAAAGGAGGGGAGGGGUUGGCUGUUGUUUUCCUCUGAGCCUGGCCUUACCCUUCCCUUGAAGGGGGAGAAAGAAACCCAAAGCAAAGGAGAAAAAAAAAAAAUCCGUGCCUUGACAGCUUCCUCCCAAGCAUCAUGUUCCAAAAAUAUUUAGAAUAACAAAAUCUGUGUGUCGUCUUAAUUAAACAAACGUCCUAAUUUGCUGAGCAUAAAACAGCAUCUCUGCCCGCAGGGGCAGGAAGUGCAUUUUCCCUUUGUGCAGCCCCAGAGAGUCACUGCCUCUCGGCCUUAACCCUUGAUGUGCUGAACUCCUGGGCUCAAGUCCUCUGGUGACAACGGAAUG